AUGAGAAAAAUUGCAAUCAUCUUAAUUGCCUGUACUGUCUUUUGUGCUGCAAAUCCUUAACCAGAAUCCACUGAAAACCAUUAGUAAGUAUUAGCUGCUGGUAAUACUCAAACUGUUCUUGCUUCAUGCUUUACAGACUAAAUUGGUAUGAGGGAUAAUAACCUCUAUGCUGGUAAUAACUAUGCCGAGCUUUCUAUUAAUUACCUAAAUAAGGACUUCAAGGCUCUCGGUGGACUUCCUUUUGGCUACAAACUUUAAAUAACUUACAAAGGUAGAUCUAUAAUUGCUACUAAGGGAGAUGUUGGUGCUGGUGGUCCUAGUCAUCCUAAGAUUGAUAUUCACAAGAAAGCUGCUCAAGCUUUAGGUAUCAAUAACUGUGACAAUUUCCUUGAUCAAGUUCAAAUCUAAUUUAUAGGUUGA